CCUUAAAUGAUCAUUUUAACGAUAAAUACGAGUAGACCAAACUGGAUUGGAUUGAAUUGCAUGAGUACUAUGGGCGUUUUACAGACUUUGGCCAUGUUUCAUAUUCGGAGACUAAAAGUCUCAUCCGAAAAGCAUAAAGUAAUAAGCUUUCCAAAUCCAUACUAGAUUCGGCUGUCACUUAUAUCUAGGAGUUUCAAAUCGCUUUCUCCUUCACCGGCGGCGUGCUAAUCUUCGUAUUAGUUCAACCGCCGCCAUGGCGACCGAGAACUGCACAUCUUACCCAGAUUUGGAUACGGAGCUAAAACUAGGUCUUCUCCCUUGCGUGUCAAGGAAACGGCGGAUCGACGACUGGAGUUCUACCGCCGCCAUGGCGGGCGAGAACUGCACAUCCUACCCAGAUUUAGAUCUGGAGCUAAGAUUAGGUAUUAUUAUUAUCCCUUGCGCGCCCAGUAAACGACGGCGAAUCGAUGACUCGGAAGAAGCAAACCCUCCUUCUCCGAUCGGCAAUCUCGGUGACGAUCUCCUGGCAGAAGUUCUGAUUCGUCUCCCGGAACCUAGAUCCGCCUGGCGAUGCAAAGCUGUGUGCAAGCGAUGGAAUUCUCUGAUUCCCGAUCCCCAUUUCGUUCGCCGUUUCAUUUCUCACCACCAGAGCAGAUGGAACCGAUACGGCGGCGACGGUGGCGAAUGCGAAGAACCAGCUUUGAUGACCUCAUGCUUCGGCGAAUCCAUCUUGAGCUUCCUCCCCCUGCCCGAUGAAUUAGGAUGUUACGGAAGAUUUAAUUUCCUAGUUUUUGAUUCUUACAAGGACUUGGUUUUGUGCGGAUUUCGUACCGAAUUUCAGAGAUCUCUCUUCAUCUGCAACCCGUUCACGGAGCAGUGGAUCGCUCUUCCUCUAGCGCCAGAAACGCGGCGGUCUUCUACAAUUGGAUUAAGGGAGACAAGGUUAGUUUGUGAACCCAGCUCUAAUGUUGAACUUGAUCUAGGAGAAGGCCAACCACCAUUUGUUUAUUCCUCUGCAUACCGGUUCCGGGUGGUGUGUAUUUACCAUUUGCGCGAUUCUAUAAGGAUAGACUUGUUUUGUUCCGAGUCUGGUGAGUGGACGAAGGAGGCUCUUGUUCUUAAUGGGCAUUUCAGUUUGUCUAAUGUUAAUGUAGUUUCUACAUCCUGCAACGGUGGGUUGUUUUGGUUGUGUAUGAAUUCCGGAGUUUUGGGGUCUCAUCCAAUAAUUGCUGGGUUUAAUCCCUUUCGCCUUGAUGUACCUCCCAUCCGACUUGAUACUUCUCGACUCGCCAAGGGAAGCUGGAAUAUUUCGGUCUCACAAGGUGCUCUACACCUAAUAUCACUUGCUCCACCUACACUUUUGAGUGUUUGGAGACUGGAAGAAGACCGUAAAUCUUGGAGUAUGCAACAUAAAACUGUGUUGGGGAAGACAGUUAAAAUUUGCGACUAUGAACUUGAGGACUGUGAUGUAGCUUGUUUGCACCCAGAGAAGCCGCAUAUUGUCUUCUUCAAACAUCCUGGUUUUGGUGAUCGUCGGAGUGUUGCACUGUCCUACGAUAUGAAGACUGCAGAGCUAGGGUUGUUUGGUGAGUUUGUUCCCAGAUUCCAGCCUUGGGUUUCUUGCUGGCCUACCCCGAUUCCAAGGUACGAGGAACUACGAGCUAUAUACGAUGGGCGAUAUAGCUGUUGGGUUCAACAGAGCAGCAGCAAAGCAGCAACUCUCUCCCUGAACAAUCGUGUCUGGAUUGUCAAAGAGAGAAUUAUGCAGUGGCUGGAUUGUCAGAAAAAGAAUCUAUGCAGUGGCUGGUUUAAUUACUAAACCCCUCCCUCCCCAGUGUAUCGUGUUAGGAAGCAGAAAACGCGGUGAAACUUGAAAGGCUAGCUCGUGUUGUUCAGAAGGAUGGCGCCACUGGAUGAAAAUUCAUCUGCAAUUAGUCUUGCCUUGUUGGAAUGCAUGUGAUCAAUCUUAUUCAAGAUGACCAGAAAGCAAGAGUGUCCAGUGUUCUUAACUUGUACUAUUAUUGCCCUGAUCCAUGGUUUUAGGCGCUGCAACUUGUUUAUGUAGCCAAACUGCCAAAGUUUCUCUGUAAGAUAGUUUAUUUAUUCAGCUGUCAUGGAAUGUAACAAGAUCUAUGUAGUUGUACAUUGGAUGCUACAUAUAUAUAUUAUAAAAUUUCUUUUUUUUU